UUGUUCUGUCAAAUACAUAAUGCUGCAAAUGUAUCAGUUAUGGUGCAUAUGUGUUUAUGUGAGCCUGAAAAGGAGAUAUUGACCGAGACAAAGUCAAGGUGAAUAUUCGUUUCCAGAUGCAUUUAACCACAUAUGACAUGACACUGUUUUCUACGUCAUCAUUGGCUGAAUUAUAAUCACGUGUAGGUCGAUCUUGUUUAUAAAUGGCCUUCGACAUUUCCAGGAGAUUUUACGAGAUCUGUCACUAUGUAUGUUUUGCGCUGGUGCUGUGUAACGUUUUGUAUCGACACCUGUUUUACAUCGCAGUGAUGCUACUUUGUUAUGUUGGUGUAUGGAUAUACAAACGUAGCCAGAACACAUGGAUGGACAUCAAUGGUCAAGGCAUUCUGAUCACAGGAUGUGAUACGGGAUUCGGGUUCCAUGCUGUUGAGCGUUUCCACGAUCUUGGGUAUACCAUAAUUGCUGGAGUUCUUAACAUGGAGAGUAAGGGGGCCCAGAAGUUACGCAAGAAGAAGUCAAAGCGACUCCACAUCGUAAAGCUCGAUGUCACCUCUGACACUGACGUAAUGGAAGCAGUGAAAUAUAUUCAGAGUAAACGUCUUGGACUUUGGGGUGUAGUGAGCAACGCAGGUAUAAAUUUUCCUGGCGACGUCGAAUUGACGACUACUGACCAGUUCCAAAAGGUUGCGGAAGUGAACUUGUAUGGUGGUAUACGAGUCAUCAAGGGUUGUCUACCCUUAGUGAGGCGAUCUAAAGGACGAGUGGUGGUGAUUUCUAGUGCACGUGGCCUGUACUCUUGGCCCGGAGAGUCAGCUUACAACAUCACCAAACAUGGAAUCGAAACAAUGGCCGACUGCCUUCGUUUGGAAAUGAGGAAGUUUGGAGUAAAGGUCGUGGUGGUCCAACCAGGAGAUUUUGAUGGUGCUACGUCAAUAAUGAGUCCGAUACAGCUCGAGCGAAUAAAACAGGAGUUUGGAACAAUGUGGGAAAAUGCUUCGGACGAGGUAAGGAGUACUUAUGGAAAGGAGUACCUAGACAAUAUGUACCAGGCGAGGUCGACAAAGAUGAUUGACAUCACUCCAGUAUCACCUGACCCUAUCACGGACGCCAUUCAACAAGCCCUGUUCAGAAGCACGCCGUUCUCGAGAUACUUCGUCGGAGGGACAGAUGGUUACGUGGACAUUGUUGGCGUAUAUGCCAAAUUAUUCAACAUCCUCCCAGAAAGUGUCACAGACAAAUUUGCAGAAUGGUGGACAGAUUGUCAUCACUUUUCAAAUAAAUAAGAAGAAGCAGAAAAGUGUGAAAUGUUAUAAUAAAAACUUCAUCUGAAGUAAUUUUU